GGGGAGUCGCGAGAGAUCCCAGCGCGCAGAACUUGGGGAGCCGCCGCCGCGAUUCGCCGCCGCCGCCAGCUUCCGCCGCCGCAAGAUCGGCCCCUGCCCUAGCCUCCGCGGCAACCUCGCGUCCACCACGGGCCGCGGGCCACCGCCAGUCUGGGGGCCCACCUACACUCCCCGUUGUGUGCCCUGAACCCCGCAUGUGACCCAGCCAACCCCUGGCGAGGAGUGUGCCCUCAGUAGCUUCGGCCCGGGCAGCGCCCACCGCCCAACAUCAGCUCUCCAGCUCUCUCGUCCGGGAUGGCAGCGGCCAAGGCCGAAAUGCAAUUGAUGUCUCCGCUGCAGAUCUCUGACCCAUUCGGCUCUUUUCCUCACUCACCCACCAUGGACAACUACCCCAAACUGGAGGAGAUGAUGCUGUUGAGCAACGGGGCUCCCCAGUUCCUCGGUGCUGCUGGAGCCCCAGAGGGCAGCGGCGGGAACAGCAGCAACAGCAGCAGCAGCAGCAGCGGGGGCGGUAGUGGGGGCGGCAGCAACAGUGGCAGCAGCGCAUUCAAUCCUCAGGGGGAGCCAGGCGAACAACCCUAUGAGCACCUGACCACAGAGUCUUUUUCUGACAUCGCUCUGAAUAAUGAGAAGACCAUGGUGGAGACAAGUUAUCCCAGCCAAACCACUCGGUUGCCUCCCAUCACGUACACUGGCCGUUUCUCCCUGGAGCCUGCACCCAACAGUGGCAACACUUUGUGGCCUGAACCCCUUUUCAGCCUAGUCAGUGGCCUUGUGAGCAUGAGCAACCCUCCCGCCUCUUCAUCCUCAGCGCCUUCCCCAGCGGCUUCAUCGUCUUCCUCAGCCUCCCAGAGCCCACCCCUGAGCUGUGCCGUGCCAUCCAACGACAGCAGUCCCAUUUACUCAGCUGCACCCACCUUCCCCACUCCCAACACUGACAUUUUUCCUGAGCCCCAAAGCCAGGCCUUUCCUGGCUCAGCAGGUACGGCCCUACAGUACCCGCCUCCUGCUUACCCUGCUACCAAGGGUGGCUUCCAGGUUCCCAUGAUCCCUGACUAUCUGUUCCCACAACAACAGGGAGACCUGGGCCUGGGCACCCCAGACCAGAAGCCGUUCCAGGGUCUGGAGAACCGUACCCAGCAGCCUUCGCUUACUCCACUAUCCACUAUUAAAGCCUUCGCCACUCAGUCUGGCUCCCAGGACUUAAAGGCUCUUAAUACCACCUACCAGUCCCAGCUCAUCAAACCCAGCCGCAUGCGCAAGUACCCUAACCGGCCCAGCAAGACACCCCCCCACGAACGUCCCUAUGCCUGUCCAGUUGAGUCCUGCGAUCGCCGUUUUUCUCGCUCAGACGAGCUGACCCGCCACAUCCGCAUCCACACAGGCCAGAAGCCGUUCCAAUGUCGGAUCUGCAUGCGCAACUUCAGUCGCAGUGACCACCUCACCACCCACAUCCGCACCCACACGGGCGAGAAGCCUUUUGCCUGUGACAUUUGUGGGAGAAAGUUUGCCAGGAGCGAUGAACGCAAGAGGCAUACCAAAAUCCACUUACGGCAGAAGGACAAGAAAGCAGACAAAAGUGCUGUGGCCUCUUCAGCCCCCUCUUCUCUCUCUUCCUACCCGUCCCCAGCAGCUACCUCCUACCCAUCCCCCGCCACCACCUCCUUUCCCUCCCCCGUGCCCACCUCCUACUCUUCUCCUGGCUCCUCGACCUACCCUUCUCCUGCGCACAGUGGUUUCCCCUCACCUUCAGUGGCCACCACCUACGCUGCCUCGGUUCCGCCAGCUUUCCCUGCCCAGGUGAGCAGCUUCCCAUCGGCUGCUGUCACCAACUCCUUCAGCACCUCAACUGGGCUUUCGGACAUGACAGCAACCUUUUCUCCCAGGACAAUUGAGAUCUGCUAAAGGGAAUAAAAGAAAGCUAGGGGCGGGGCAACAACCAUGAAAGACAAUUAAGGACAGGAGGAGGAGAUGGCUGUAAGAGGGGGAUCCUCUUAGGUCAGAUGGAAGCCAAGCCCUUCUCUCUAGGCAAGAGUAGAAGGUCUGUUGGCCAACAGCCCCUUUCAUUUAUUGUCCUUGCCUCCCUGUCCCUAGUCCCCUUGUCUUCAGCUGCCUGAAACAGCCAUGUCCAAGUUCUUCACCUCUAUCCAAAGAACUUGAUUUGCAUGGUAUUGGAUAAAUCAUUUCAGUAUCAUCGUCAUCAUAUGCCUGGCCCUUGCUCUCUUCAGUGCUAGAACAUCAAGUUGGCAAAAAAAUGGGUUUGGGCCCUCGGAACCCUGCCCUGUAUCUUUGUACAGUGUCUGUGCCAUGGAUUCUGUUUUCCUUGGGGUAUUCUUGAUGUGAAGAUAAUUUGCAUACUCUAUUGUAUUAUUUGGAGUUAAGUCCUCACUUUGGGGGGGGAGGGGGAGCAAAGCCAAGCAAACCAAUGGUGAUCCUCUAUUUCGUGACGACGCUGCCGUGACAAUAGGUUUGAAGCAUUUUUUUUUUUUUUUUAAAGCAGCAGUCCUAGGUAGUAACCAAGAGCAUGUGGCAGAGUGUUCCGUUAACUUUGUAAAUACUGCUUGACUGUGCUCUCACAUGUGACAAAAGUAUGGUUUGUUUGGUUUGGUUUAUUUUUAUUCUUUUGGGUUUUUUGUUUUUGGUUUUUUUUUUGUUUUGUUUUGUU